AUGCAGGUACCGCGCACGCUCCGGCUCCCGGGAGGCCGAGCCGGCUACCGCCGACCCAGAGGCUACCGAAACUCAUCGGAGGACGACGUGACGUCCGAGGAAAAGCGGCUCAGAGCCGGACCGUCACCGCCGCAACGGGCCUCCACGCCAGCCCCCCGGAUAUCUCCAGUGGAGAGGUAUGUGCAGCCCCCUCGCUCACCAACCGCCUCCCCGGUGAGAGCCGACACCUCGCGCUCCACCCCGCACUCCGUCUCGCGCACCCCAUCCAGGGGCAGCUCUCCGAGGCCGAUCGAGGGUGGGAGCGACGUUUAUUACCCGCCUACCCACCGAACAAACUCCACAACGCCGACGUCGUACGAGGCGUUGCAGAGCCCGCAGCGGUCAUACGCCGCCACCAGCACCGCUCCCUCCUCACCCCCGCCGCAACGGGACCCGGAGGUCGAGCAGACGGAAGCGGCCCCUGCGCUCCACCGAACCACUGAGCAGCACCAGCGCUCCUACCCGCCCAUAGUAGUCGAGAGCCUGAGGAACUGGCCUCACCACUUCCGGAGCUUGUACGUCAAGCUGGGCCAUGCACCGAACGCGCGCCCCUACAAGACCGGCGUGCGUUUUAUCGCGCGCACGCCCGAGGAAUAUCGGGUGGUGCAGCGCCACCUGACGGAGGCAGCUGAGAGCGACCCGGGCCUCCAAUGGUUCAGCUACUCGCUGUCCUCCGAACUGCCCACCAAAGUGGCCAUCAGAGGGCUCCCGGCGGCCACAGACCCCGCCGACAUCAAGCAGGCUCUAGAAGAGCUGGGCUUUGAGGCCCAACACGUCCGCCCGAUCCCACCGAAGCGUGGCCGCUCUGGCUGCCUGUACCACGCGCAGCUGGCGCGCCUCAACCGGCAGGAGCUCUCCCGCUUGUACGCGGUGACCGAGCUCCUGCACAUGCCAGGAGUUGUCAUCGAGGCCUGGCGCGGCCGCAGCGGGCCGGCGCAAUGCCACCGCUGCCAGGCGUUCGGCCACUCGUCCGCCGGAUGCCACCGCCCGCCUCGAUGCGUGCGAUGCGGGGAAGGGCCCGCGCCCGCGCCCGGCCCCGAGCAGGCGGGCACCCGCCCGCCGCCCAAGGCCCCCCGCCCCUCGGGCCCCGAGGCGCCAGGCGUCGCCCAGACGCCGGCCCCUCCCGCCUGCGGCCAGGAAGGCCGCACGGCCCCACCACCCGAGCACCCUGCCGGCCGUCGCAGGCGCAAGCGCCGAGCCAGGCGCGGCACGAGCGCGGACGGGCCGGGCGACGCAGCGGCGCUUCCGCUUCCGCCCCCCGCCGCCACCGCGCCCCGCUCGCGCGCGCCCACCCCGCACCCGGGGGCGACGCCCGGCGGCGCGCGCGCGGGGGCCGUCGAGCGCGAGUGGGGACUCGCCCCGGCCCCCGCAGGCGGCGCCGCCCGAGGCGUCCCGACGCCCGCAGCAGGGCCACCACCGGAGCGCGAGCGCACGGCGCAGCGGCAGGACCCGCGCUUGCUCGCUCGCGCCCUCCCCCCGGCGCCCCGGCCGGCCCCCCGCCCCGCCCCGCAGGCAGAAGCGGAAGAGUGGCCGCCGCUGCCGCCGCCCGAACGUGUGGCCCCCCGCGCCGCCCCUCCGGCGGAAGCGGAAGAGUGGCCACCGCUGCCGCCACCCGAGCACCUGGCCGACCCCACCUCCUUCGUGUGCCAAGCGACGGACACGAUCGUCCAGGUCCUGUCCGACCUGGCGUACGGUGAGGAGGACCUACGAGAGACGGCGCAGCGCAACCUUGCGCUGCUCCGCCAACGUUUCAACCUGGAAUAG